ACGAGCCCGGACGUCGGCGCGUCACGGGGGGCGGUGCCUGUGAGGUCAUCGCGCGGGCGCGCGGGCGGGGUCGGGCGGUUUGAACGAGACGAAGACGGAACCGGAGCCGGUCACGCGUCGUGGAGCGGUUCCGCCGAGCCGAAGAUGGCAGUGAACGUAUACUCAACGUCAGUCACCAGUGAUAAUCUGAGUCGACAUGACAUGCUGGCCUGGAUCAAUGAGUCUCUGCAGUUGAAUCUGACGAAGAUUGAACAGCUGUGCUCAGGGGCUGCGUAUUGUCAGUUUAUGGACAUGCUGUUUCCUGGCUCCAUUGCCUUGAAGAAAGUGAAAUUUCAAGCUAAACUAGAACAUGAAUAUAUCCAGAACUUCAAAAUACUACAAGCAGGUUUUAAGAGGAUGGGUGUUGACAAAAUAAUUCCUGUGGACAAAUUAGUAAAAGGGAAGUUUCAGGACAAUUUUGAAUUUGUUCAGUGGUUCAAGAAAUUCUUCGACGCAAACUAUGAUGGGAAAGACUAUGACCCUGUUGCAGCCAGACAAGGUCAGGAGACUGCAGUGGCACCCUCACUCGUCGCUCCUGCUGUGAACAAACCCAAGAAACCUCUCAGCUCUAGCAGCGCAGCUCCACAGAGGCCCAUUGCAACACACAGAACUACUGCAACGCCUAAGGCUGGACCAGGAAUGGUGCGGAAGAACCCCGGUGUAGGCAAUGGGGAUGAUGAAGCAGCCGAAUUAAUGCAGCAGAUCAAUGUAUUGAAACUCACCGUUGAAGAUUUGGAGAAAGAGAGAGAUUUCUACUUUGGGAAACUCAGGAACAUUGAGUUGAUUUGCCAGGAGAACGAGGGGGAGAACAACCCUGUGUUGCAGAGGAUCGUGGACAUUCUCUAUGCCACGGAUGAAGGCUUUGUGAUACCCGACGAAGGGGGCCCUCAGGAGGAUCAAGAAGAGUAUUAACAGCCUGGACCAGCAGAGCAACAUUGAGAUUCUUCACUCCAAAUCAUGUGCUUAACUGUAAAAUACUCCCUUUUAUUCUUAGAGGACUCACUGGUUUCUUUUCAUAAGCAAAACGUACCUCUUCUUAAAGUGCACUUUGCAGAAGUUUCACUCCUUUUCCAAUAAGUUUGAGUUAGGAGCUUUUACCUUGUAGCAGAGCAGUAUUAACAUCUAGUUGGUUCACCCAGGGAACAGAGAGGCUGACCGUGGGCUCACCGCGUGGACGCUGGUUAACACUGAGUGCUGGAGAAGGUGUUUCUGUGUAAUGCGCUGAGGUGGCGACCUCGGGAGAAAAAUGUAAAGACUGAAUUGAACUUAUAAUCUAAUGUGAAAUUUUGGCAGAGAACAUUUUAAUAAAUAAAUGCCUUAAGAGUAUUUAAAAUAUGCUUUCCUAUUUCAAACUAUAAAACACAAUGUGACAGGAGAUGCUGUGUGUUUGCCAUUGUGUCUGGGGAAGGAAAGGCCAGACCUGGGACCCUUGGAAGCUGCUGUGCACGGGCCUCGUGGGGCUGCUCGAAACUUCACAGACCUACACAUGGCCCCGGCGGGAAGCUCAAGUUGCUUUGUCUUUGACCAAUUGCAAGAGGCAUUGUCCCCGCAUGAGCAGAGGGCGUGCUCUAGUCCCGAGACCUUUGAGGUGAAGAGCUUGAUUUUCAUUGAGCAUUUUUCUGACGCUUUUUCUCCAUGACCCCUGAAAUUUCUCUCUCUUUAUUAUUAUUAUUAUUAUUUUUUUUUUUUAAGAAAUGAGGUGUAUCAAGUUUUUAAAUCUUAGCAGUUAAAUUUCAGGGACUUGCCCACGUCUCUGGAGUUUGAAUGGGGGUUGUGUCCCAUUUUAUGCCUUUUUAAGUUUACAUUUAACAUGCUUUUCUUCUCUGGCCCACGGGGGUCUCUCCUUUGGCUCCUUCACGUUUGCUGCUCAGAGUGGAAGUUCAGCAGGUGGGCGAUCAGGCUGUGAGUUCUUCCUGGACUCGCGGCCAGGGGAGGGACAGGUGAAGGCCAGCGCUCCCUCGGGUCGGCCAGGCCUUGGGUUUCAGCACCUGCUGCCCACAGCCCCCAGUCUGUUUGCGGAAGCCUUUGCCAGUGCACUAAUCUCUUUGGAGAUAAGACUUGUUAGCGUGUUACUAAAUGUUAAUUUUCUUUUGCAGAAACUACAGUACCAUGUCUGAAUUAAUUAUUAAUAUUUAAAAUAUCUCACUCCUUAACUCGCCCUCAUUUGCUUUGCCCACAGCCAUUCAGUUCCUUUGUUUGGCAGAAUUCUGCAAAAUGUGUGUCACCCACUACUGAGAUUGUUCAACCCCUGAUGUAUUUGCAUUGAUUUGUUUCUGGUGGUAGCUUGUCCUGAAAUGUGUGUAGAAAGCAGAUAUUUUAUGAUAAAAAUCGUGUAGUGCAUGCUCUGUGUGGAAUUCAGAGGAAAACCCAGAUUCAGUGAUUUACAAUGCCAAAAAAAAAAAUGCAAGUAACUAGCCAUUGUUCAAAUAACAGUGGUGCUAUUUCUCUUUUGUGGCCUUUUAGACUUUCGUUGCCCUCAAAUUCCAUUUUAUCGGGAACCCAUUUUCCACCUGGUCUUUCUUGACAGGGUUUUUUUCUACUUUAAACAGUUUCUAAAUAAAAUUCUGUAUUUCAAGAGUG